AUGGGAUCCAAUGGAGUUCAGGCUCUAAUCACCAACCUCGCCUUGACUGUAGAAAGAGUGUUACAAGUCUGUAAUUUUUGUCUCACGAAAUCGAGGAGAGGUAGGGACUCGGAGUCACCCACGAGAACGGACAAUGGGUCUGGAGAAGAGGAGGAGGCGUUAAGGAGGGACUCUGAGUCAACCUCAAGAGCCGAUAAUCUGUCUUGCGAAGAGUAUGAUGUGUUCCUGAGUUUCCGGGGACCAGAUACUCGCAAUGGGUUCACCAAUUGCCUCUACCAUCGCUUGAGAGAUGCUGGAAUCCACGUUUUUGUUGACAACGAAGAACUCCGAGUCGGUAAAGAAAUUGGUGGAGAGCUUUUGAAAGCACUUGACAAGUCUCGAAUCUAUAUACCUAUCUUCUCUAGGGGUUAUGCUAAUAGUUCAUGGUGUCUCCGUGAGGUUGCGCAUAUGGUAGAAUGCACCUCAACAUCAAAUGGAAAGAAAGAGAUACUUCCCAUCUUCUACGAUGUGGAUCCUGACGAUGUUAAGCUUAAGACCAAGUUGUAUAGUAAAGUCAUGCCCAGGCACAAGAAGAAGUUUGGUUCCGAUAAUUUGAAGCAGUGGGAAAAUGCCCUUGUUAAGGUUGCACAUAUAAAGGGAUGGGAUCUUAAAGGCAAAGGCCAAGGAGAACAAAUUGAAUCGAUCGUUGAGGUGGUUUGCUGUAACCUUAAUACAAGACACGUGAUUGUGACUGAUAAUUUGGUUGAAGAUAAUGCUCAGAUGGAAGCCAUAAUGAAAUUGUUGGAUGUGGGCUCUGGUGGUGUACGUUUUGUUGGUAUCCACGGCAUGGGUGGUGUUGGAAAAACAACUCUUGCCAAAGUCAUGUUCAACAAACUAUCUUCUCACUUUGAACGUUGUAGUUUCCUUGAAGACGUUCGAGCAUCAUCCCAAUCUCAUGGUGGUCUUUUAGAAUUGCAGAAAAAGCUCUUAAUAGAUUUGGCCGGUCAUGGGAUUGCUAACCAAAUUAAAGAUGUUGAUGGUGGGAUCAAGAUGAUAAAAAAAUCACUGAGUAAUAAAGAAUUACUCAUAGUUCUUGAUGAUAUAGACAAUAAAGAGCAACUUGAAAAACUAGCAGCUGGAAAAUCUGAUUGGUUUUGUUCUGGUAGCAGAAUCAUUAUCACAACUAGGGACAAAAGCAUUCUGAUGACUCAAGUGGGCUCAUCCAAUAAAGAGAUCCUCAACCAACCCAAAGAAUUUUCAUGUUAUGAAGUUCAAGGAAUGAGAUUUGAUUUAGCACUUCAUCUAUUUUAUAAACAUGCAUUCAAAAGUGACUCUGUUGUGGAAGAAUAUGAUGCUUGUUCAAGCGAAAUUGUUCGUGCAGUGGGCAUGCUUCCUUUAGCCAUCGUGGUGAUAGGGUCCAAUCUUUUUGACUGGGGCAAAGAUUUGGGGCAUUUGGAUAAAAGAGAAAUAUGGGACGAGACGCUCAAGAAGUUAAAGGAAGGUCCUUUUGAGGAUGUCCAAAAUACAUUAAUGAUAAGUUAUGAACGACUAGAGGAUAAGCACCAAGAAGUAUUUUUGGAUAUAGCCUGCUUUUUCAUUAAUACUGACAGAACAUAUCCGGUUAUCAUGUGGAAGGAUUGUGGAUACUUUCCUAGCAUUGCAAUGAGGGUUCUCUCUCAAAGGUCCUUGAUCAAAAUUAGAGAUGAUAAUAGAUUUUGGAUGCAUGACCAAGUUCGUGACUUUGGAAGGCACAUUGUUCGUCAAGUAUAUCCUCACAAGUUUUCUAGGGUGUGGAUACGUGAGGAUGCCCUGAAACUAUUGGAGGGAAAAAAGAGGAAUGAAGAUAUGGUGGCAUUAAGCCUGACUUUCAAUGGCUGCAGCCGCAGCAUUGCAUGUGAAGAAUUAGCUGCUCUACCAAAUCUAAGAUUCCUUCAAGCAAAAGGCAUUAAUUUCUUCGGCAACUUUGAAAAUCUUCUUUCGGAGCUAAGAUGGUUUUCUUGGGAAAUUACACAAAUGGAAUUUUAUGAGGGGAGUUUUCAUUUCGCUAAUUUGAUUGUGCUAGACCUUUCAAGAAGCAAUAUCAAAGACGAUUGGGAUGGGUGGAACCGUAUCCAGAUGGACAAAUUGAAGGUUUUAGAUUUGACUGGUUGCAUACAAUUAAGAAGGACACCUGACUUCUCUAUAUUCAUGACUUUGGAGAUUUUAAUUCUUGCUCGGUGUGUCAAGUUGACCACAAUUGACCACUCCAUUGGUAAGCUAGAACGCCUAGAAACUUUGAAUAUCAAGGGAUGUAGGUGUCUUCGGGAGUUGCCUGAAGAAUUUGGUUCUCUACAAUCUUUGGAGGAGAUUAUCAUGCCCCAAAAUUUUCAACCCUUCAAGCUUCCGGAGACAUUUGGCAAACUGGAAUCUUUGUCAAGUCUUAUAUUAGACGAGCACCCUGAAAUUAGCAAACUACCAGAUUCUAUUGGACAAUUGGUGAAGCUUACACAUUUAUCUUUAUGUGGGUGUGUUAAGAUAAAGGAACUUCCACGCUCUAUUGGACAAUUGCAAAUGUUGGCUGAGUUGGAUUUAUCAAAGUCAGGAGUUGUUCAACUACCCGAUUGCAUUGGAAACCUAAAGAAACUAAGGGUGAUGAGGAUUAAUUUUACAGAGAUAAGAAAGUUUCCUCUUACUAUUGGACAGGUGGAGAUGCUCGAAGAGUUAAGUGCCAAAAAAUGUUGGGAUCUGAUAGAGGAAAACCUAGAGGAAAUUGGGAAGCUAUUCCAUUUGAGGAUAUUGGACUUAUCAUAUACUCAUGUAUCUAGAUUCCCUACAGUGCUAGGUUGCCUCUCUUCUCUCCAAAAACUUGAAUUGGGUUCAAGUUGCCUUGUAGAAGUACCAGAUCUUCCCUCUAAUUUAACACACCUUCACAUGCAAGCUGGUCAAUUCCCAUUUAUCCCCGACCUCUCAAGCCUCGUCAGUUUAGAGUAUUUGGAAUUAUCUAGAAUAACUGAUUCAAAAGGGGCACCUGGUUCAACUUGGACGGUCAAUUCGCCAGUAAAACAACCGAUCCAUCCGCUUCCGUCUGGUUUGACUACCUUGAAAUUUAGCGGCAUCAAUGAAAUGCCACCUCUUUCAAACCUAGAAAAGUUGUCGAUUCUGUGGGUCAUUGGUUAUCAAAUGCCAGACUUCUCUAUCUCUCAAGACAUAAAGCAUUUGAAGGAGUUGAAACUAAGUAAAUGCAAAGAUCUCAAGAAAAUAUAUGGUUUGUCGCUCCUGGAGAACCUAGAGCACUUUUAUCUGAGCAGUCUGGAAAAGCUGGUUGAGAUUCAAGAUUUGGCAGAACUGCAAUCCUUGCGGGACUUACGUAUUUCCCAUUGUAAUAAGAUAGAAAUGUUACCUAAUUUAUCAAAGUUAGAUAAAUUACAGCACAUUAAGAUAGAUGCUUGUGAAAAAAUAACAGUGAUUGAGGGCGUCAAGGGCUUAGAAAGCUUGGAGUUGGAUCAUCGUCGUUGCACUGUCAUAGAAAGAAUGCGGGAGGUCUCAACACCAACCUGGCUUUCUUGCAAUAUACCUGUAUACGACGUGUUUUUGCGUUUUCGAGAACUAAACACUGGUUAUAGCAUUGUCGAUUACCUUUACAAGAAUCUGGAUCGUAACCGAAUUUCGGUUUUUAUGGACAAUGACAGAUUCAGUUCUGUUGAUGGAAUUUCUAGAGAGCAUGAACUAGCACUCAGCGACUCUUAUAUCUAUAUACCAUUUUUAUCUAAGAUAUAUGCUUCUAGUCGCUGCUUAAAGGCAAAUUAUACAGAAGAGGACUUGAAUGGAAGAACAAGCGCUAUUGUGACGACGAAAUGA